AUGAAUUUUAACGUCUGGAAUAUCAAGGAGAUGUUGAGCACACCAACAGCCAUCGGGCCUAAUAAGUUUUCCAUCCGGAGCAGUGCUCCUAGCGACUACUCGAGUUUGAGCGACUCUCAGCUGCUCUUUGGCUCCCAGUUCUGCCCAGAGAACGUGCAGUCGGCAGCAGCGCCACUGGAGCUGGGCACGCCGCUGGGACAACACAACUCCCAGGAUAGCGAGCCCAGUAUUUUUACCAAAUACCAGACAAAACCACAGUUAUUUGAUGAAGAUACAAAAGAAAAAGGUUCACUUAAUUUUGGCGCAGGAAGAGUAAAAAGUGUCUUGGAAAACUAUGAAGUGAAUAAGAACAAAAUAAAGGACAAAUAUGAUCGUGAGGUUUUAAGCACCUUUAUUUCCAGUAUCAAAGUCAGGCUUCAAGGGUUGCAAGCAUGCUUAGACAACUUUGGAGAAAUGUUAAAUUCAAGAAACAAAUCCAUUUUGGUUCAUCUAGAAACCAUUUCCAAGACAUUGCAAGAUGCUCUUCAAAGUCACUGUGGCUCGGUGUUGAAAGCUCUGACAGACAAAAGCCAAAUGGAGCAGACACUGCUGGAGAUGGAGAGGAGACUUGCAGCCAAAGAUGUGGAGAUUUUGGAUGUGAAAUCCAGUGUCCAGGUGCUGAAGGAGGGCCUGGAGUCGCUGCCAGCUCAGCUGAACGAUCAGCACCUGAAGCUGUGUGAAGAACUAGGCUUCCUGAAGCUCCCUAACGCCUUAGCUGAGCUGCACACGCUCAUUUCUAGUGCCCGACUGCCCCCUCGCAUGGCAGAUAACUCUUCCCAGACCUCCCCUGGCCCAUGCCAGGGCUGCGUUCUGGGUGAGGAGACCACGCGCUGGCCGUGCUGCCGAGGCUGGGGGGUCUGCAGCUCCUCAGGUCGGUCUCAGCCCCCCUGCAUGACAGUGGGGGGGCAGCACGGAGACUCCCCUGGGAGGAUCCGGGUCACUGGGGAUGGCACAUCUAAGGGUGACCUAAACACAGCUUCAGGAGGGAAAGUCAGCCCCAUUGCUACAGCGGUGACAGGCGGUUUGGAAACACAGAGCUGUGCUAACCAUCUUUGCAUGUGCUGCACUAACAGUCACUUUUGGGGGGCUAGUCAGAAGAAACACUGUUCUUCACCACAGGAGGUGCCUCUAUCAACUCCCCUGAGGAAGGCGGUCAGGAGGAGCGCUCAAGGAUUUGAACCCAUGACAGUGUCACAGCAAAGGCAGCCUCAAGUUUGCUGCCUUUCUGCACAAAAAGAUAUGCAUGGGCAAAAAGACAGUAACGGGGUGGCAGACCGUGAGCUGGAGAAUGCAGCUGUAGGGUACAAAGCAAAACAGAGGCCAGAAAGGAUCCCCUGGAAUAAAGCAAUGGGGAGGAAGAAAACAUGCCCUACCGCAAAAAAAGGUGAGCUCUCUCGAUGUGCUGACAGUGGGAAGAAGCAAAGGAAGGCAAACAGGAUUAUUGAGUUGGAAAGCUCCAGAAAAAAUUGCUUUCCCAGACACAUGGUUGCUCCCAAUUUAGGAAGCUCUAACCCAGUUAUUGCAGCUCCCAAACAGCAAAUCCUCAGCAGCUCUCAGCCGAGGCUUACAAAGAAUUCCCCACCAGUGCCAUGCUCCAAUAAAAGCCUGAAACAAUGUCCAGACAAAAGAAAGAGAAGUUUGGAAAUUAAAAAAAGAGCUAAUGUUUCCAGUGUAAAAAGGAUUAUUGGGGAUUCCUCUCCCCAAGAGAAUAUAUUUUCCCUGUGCAGCGCAACAGGUGAAAAACAGAUGAGCUGCUUCAGUCUCAGAAGCCCUGCAGCCUCCAAGAAACUACGUCCUGCCAAUACACUGGCUCAGCAGAAUACAGCCUGUUGCUCUUUAGUUUUUGAUAGUGAUUAUUCCGAUUGA